CGGCCCGCCUGAAAUUUUUGUGCAUUGCGAUCCACUAGCUGCCGGAGAUCUUGCUGGCUUCUAGUUACGGCGUGUCUGAUAUACUGGAUUGCAAACGACAGCUCCGCGCAAGCAUCUUAGCCCCGCUGUCACCAUCAAUAAAAACAUCAUCUGCUGCCCCCAGCCCGAGACUGCCCGUUGGCCCUCCCUUUCCCAGGCCUCCCUGCUGCUGAAACGUCUUCAAAAGGCCGCCGCAUGACGCUCUCGCCGGAGUCUGACUGCGCCCGCGACAACACAUCAAUUCCCUCCGUCACCGUCGUGGACCACUAUCGCUGCCGACUUAUAAAACCCAUGUUCGACUUCUGGCAGAGCCUACUGGCGGCUCUCGAGCGCAUCGUCAUGCUACCCUCGCUUAUCCAGUCCGUGUUCCCGCUACCGUCUCGAAAACGGGUGCGAGGAGAUGCUGCGGGUACAGUGCGAACCUACGACCGAACCAUGGACGACCUUCUGGGUGAGGUUCAACGCUUGUUUGAGGCUCCGCUCGAGCCCGCAAAGCUCCUUGCAAUGUCCGGGAAGCUACAGGACCAGUUCGCCCCAAAGCUACAGGAGAGCAACAUCUGCAUGUUGCCUUCCUACAACCACAAACUCCCCACCGGACUUGAGCAAGGCACCUACCUGGCGUUGGAUGUCGGCGGUUCCACGUUCCGUGUUGCUGUGGUGGAAUUGAGCGGGAAGCAACAACCGGGGUCUAAGAGCAUGCGCAUCGUAACAAUGAAGAGCUACAAGAUUGACAAUUCGGUUCGGUCAUUGAGGGGCCAUGCUUUCUUCGAUUGGAUGGCCGAAAAGAUUGAGUCUGCUGUUAUGGAUCCGCAGGUGAAGAAAAUCAAUGGCACCAAAUCGUUCCCCAUGGGCCUCGCUUGGUCCUUCCCAGUUGAACAAACCUCAAUUCGAAGUGGAAAUCUUCUUGAUAUGGGGAAGGGAUUUCGUGCAACAGAAGGCCUCAUGGGCCAGGAUCUCAGCGAGCUGAUCAUGGCCCCAUGCAGGAAACGAAAUCUUCCAGUACAUAUGGACUCCAUUAUCAACGAUUCAUCCGCUACCUUACUAUCUCGUGCUUACGAAGACCCCUCGACCCGCUUCGCCGUUAUUCUAGGAACCGGUUUCAACAUUGCCGUACAUCUUCCUACCAAUGCCCUUGCAGCUUCGAAAUUCCACGGGUACCCACAGAAAUGGCUUAAUGAAGCGUCCCAUGUCCUCGUGAACACGGAACUGAGCAUGUUCGGCAAGAACGUAUUCCCGACAACAAAAUGGGACGACUACCUCAACGAAACGCACGUCAGACCUGAUUUCCAGCCCUUCGAGCACCUCAUCAGCGGGCGGUAUCUCGGAGAAAUCGUGCGACUAAUCCUCGUCGAGGCCGUGAAAACGGCAGGGCUUUUCAGCGGCGAGCUACCACAGAAACUUGACGAGUCGUAUUCCUUUGAGACUGGAACUAUCGCCGCCAUGGAGAUGGAUGAAUCUAAGAACCUCACCCAAGCGAUUGCGAUAUUCCAGUCUAGACAUCCAUGUUCGAAACCGCCGAGCUACAACGACAUCUCAUUCAUCCGCCAGGUCUCGCAACUGGUUUCUCACCGUGCGGCAGCCUAUCUUGCGGCUGGUAUCCACGCACUUUGGUCUCUACGGAUAAAGUCCGAGGGCUUGACGCCCGCGUCUGCCGGAAGGCUGGCAAUAGGCUGCAAUGGCUCCGUAAUCGAGAAAUACCCGCUCUUCAGAGAACUGUGUCAGAGCCACCUAGACGAGUUGACGACGUUGAGCGGGGCUGAGCCCAAGUCAAUCGCUCUCGAGGUCGCAGUAGAAUCGGCGAUCUUUGGGGCUGCGGUUGCUGUCUCAACACUUGAGGCUUGAGCAUGAGUGUGAGCAUGAAAUAUCAGCCGGAUCGAAAUGUUAGUGAUAAAGUUCGUUGCACUGUGCUGUUUUAUACCCCUUUGAGUCACGUUGAUGUGCUGGUUGAACCAAGGGUGGGUGUUUUUAUUGCAUAUAUGUUGUUUCAUCUCUC